AUGGCGUUUUUGCUGCUGCACUGCAUUUUCUUCCUAUUUCAGCUGGUUUUCUCGCAGAAUUCUGAAAACCCUGAUAGAGUUGGUCUGCUGACGUUCAAGGGCUCGCUCGAAAACCCUGAAGCUCUCCUCUCAUGGAGCACAGCCUCCCCCUACUGCAACUGGACUGGUGUCUUUUGCACCCAUGGCCGAGUAACGUCACUCAUCCUCUCAAACCAAGCUCUCGCCGGUCCUCUCUCCGCCUCGCUCUUCUCCCUCACCAGCCUCGUCGUGCUCGAUCUUUCGUCCAAUUACCUGUACGGCGAAGUUCCCCAGCAAAUAUCCUCCCUCCGCCGGCUGGAGGUCCUGGACCUGGGCGACAACCGCUUCUCCGGCGAGCUUCCUGACCGACUCGGCGAGUUGACUCGCCUCCGGACACUGAGGCUCGGGCCUAAUCUCUUCACAGGAAAAAUCCCCCCGGCGUUCGGAAACCUGGCGAGCCUCGAAUCGUUCGACGUUUCUGGAAAUGCCCUCGCCGGCAUUAUCCCACCCCAGAUCGGAAACCUGACCCGGCUGCACAUUUUGGCCAUGGGGAAUAAUUAUCUCACAGGCUCUUUGCCCCCGAGCCUCUUCGCAAAGCUCCAGUCUCUGUCCUCGUUUGACGUCUCGAACAACUCCCUCUCCGGGAAGCUACCGCCGGAGAUCGGCAACCUCGCCUCUCUCACCGAGCUUUUCAUCGGAGAAAACCAUUUCUCCGGGGAGCUUCCGCCGGAGAUGGGUCGGCUUUCGAAACUCGAGCUUCUGUCCUCGCCGUACUGUUUGCUCAACGGCCCUCUCCCCCAGAGCCUCUCGAACCUGAAAUCGCUGAAAACCCUCGACCUUUCAAACAACCCAUUACAAAGCCCGAUUCCAAAAUUCAUCGGCGAUUGGCGAAACCUCACCGUUCUGAACCUCAUUUAUGCCCAGCUAAGCGGCAGCAUACCGCCCGAGAUAGGCAACUGCAAAAACCUCAACCUUUUACUGCUUUCUUUCAACUCACUCACCGGUUUUCUGCCCAAUGAACUGUCCGGAUUAUCCCCUACAACUUUCUCUGUCGAAAGGAAUCAGCUUUCUGGCCCACUUCCCGCCUGGCUCGGAGAAUGGGACCACGUCGAUGCCUUGUUGCUUUCAGAGAAUAAAUUUUCCGGAAUAAUUCCGCCGGAGAUUGGUAACUGUUCUGUUCUGACUCACAUUAGCUUGGAAGGUAAUUUGCUUACAGGCGAGAUUCCUAAGGAGCUCUGUAAUGCCCGAUUCCUUAACGAAAUUGAGCUCGGGAACAAUUUACUUGAGGGAAGUCUUGAAGACACUUUCAGCAACUGUAUGAACUUGACUCAACUGGUUCUGAUGAAUAACAAAAUUCACGGCGUAAUCCCGGAUUAUUUUACCGACCUCCCGUUGAUAAGUCUCGAGCUUGAUUCCAACAAUUUCACGGGCACUAUACCCGUCCGCCUUUGGAGCUCAUCCACAUUGAUCGAAUUUUCAGCUUCUGAUAAUCAACUGGAAGGUUCUCUUCCUGCCGAGAUUGGCAAUGCCGUGUCUUUACAGGUUCUUGUUCUUUCAAACAACUACAUAACUGGAAAAAUCCCAGACGAAAUUGGGAUAUUGCGUUCUCUCAGCGUGUUGAAUCUGAACAGUAAUUUUCUAGAAGGAAAUAUUCCAUCUGCCAUUGGGAACUGCACGGAACUCGGCUCACUUGAUUUGGGAAAAAAUCAUCUCAAUGGCUCGAUCCCUGAAGAAAUUGUCGGUUUGCCCCAGCUUCUGUGCCUCAUUCUUUCCCAUAAUAACCUUUCUGGACCCAUACCUUCGAAAAACUCGAAGUACUUUCAGCAGGACUCGGUUAUUCCUGCAUCGAGCUUUCUUCAGCACAUCGGAGUUUACGAUCUCUCGUUCAACCAGUUGACCGGCUCGAUUCCUGAGGUGUUGGGUGAUUGUGCAGUCUUGACGUACAUUUUCCUCAACGAAAAUUCACUCUCAGGGGAAAUACCGAGCUCUUUGUCUCGACUGUCUAAUCUCACGACGUUAGAUUUGUCCGGAAACUCACUUUCCGGCAACAUCCCUUUCGAAAUCGGCGAUGCAGUUAAGUUACAGGGAUUAUAUCUCGGCGAAAACCGGUUUACUGGUCAAAUACCCGAGACUCUCGGCAAGCUAAAUGGGUUGGUGAAACUUAAUCUCUCGUAUAAUAUGUUAUCCGGGCCAAUCCCACUCGGUUUGGACAAAUUAUCCGGGCUUACCCAUUUGGACCUGAGUUAUAACAUGCUCACCGGCGAACUUCCGGUUGAAUUAUCAAGAAUGGUGAAUCUCGUCGGACUUUACGCUCAGAAUAAUCACUUAUCCGGCCAUAUUGACCGUCUGUUCGGAAACUUAGUCGUGUGGAGACUUCAGAUCGCGAAUCUCAGCUGCAAUUCUUUAACCGGCACUCUGCCAAGCUCAUUGGGUAACAUGUCAUACUUAACUGUCUUGGAUCUCCAUAGAAACAGUUUUACCGGUCAAGUCCCGUCUGAACUCGGCAAUCUUGCCCAGAUUCAGUACCUCGACAUAUCCAAAAACUCGUUCGACGGACAAAUCCCACCCGAGCUAUGUGCCCCGACUAGCCUUUACUAUCUCAACCUUGCGGAAAACGAGCUGAACGGCCCAGUCCCAGUAAACGGCCUUUGCCGCAAAAUUACCAAGUCGUCCCUCGCCGGUAACAAGAAUCUUUGCGGCAGCGUCGUGAACGUAAAAUGCCCGUCGAAAAUAUUCCGAGCCCGAAAAAAGCUACCUCUGACGAACGUCUGGGGACUCAUGUCCGUCUCGAUCGCGACUGUUCUCAUAAUCCUCACCGUAAUUAUCGUUCUACGCAUCUGGCUAGCCCGAGACCACAACAAAAGGCUCAAUAUGAACAACAUAUUAUCCGACAGCAGCAGCAAACCGAACAUUAACAGUUCGGAUCAGAAUCUCUACCUGUUGACCGGCGGCAGCAGCAGCCGGUCAAAGGAGCCCUUGAGCAUAAACAUAGCCAUGUUCCAACAGCCUCUCUUAAAACUCACACCUUCCGAAAUACUCGAGUCGACGAACAACUUCUGCAAGUCCAACAUUAUUGGAGACGGAGGUUUCGGCACAGUGUACAAAGCCACAUUACCCGACAAACGAACCGUAGCCGUGAAGAAGCUGAGCCAGGCCAAGGCCCAAGGCCCGCGCGAGUUCCUAGCCGAAAUGGAGACUCUCGGCAAAGUCAAACACCGAAACCUUGUCUCUCUCCUCGGCUACUCCUCGUACGCGAACGACAAAGUGCUCGUUUACGAGUACAUGCCAAAUGGCAGUCUCGACAGCUGGCUCCGAAACCGGGCCCUAGCCGGCGGGCCGGGCCUUGAUUGGGCCCACCGUUUUCGGAUUGCUGUGGGGUCCGCGCGCGGGCUCGCGUUCCUCCACCAUGGCUUCAUACCACACAUCAUACACCGAGACAUAAAGGCGAGCAAUAUUCUUCUUGACGAGGAUUUCGAGCCGAAAGUCGCGGAUUUUGGCCUCGCUCGUUUGAUAAGCGCGUGUGAAACUCACGUGAGCACGGAUAUUGCGGGUACAUUUGGUUACAUACCGCCAGAGUAUGGGCAGAGCUGGAAAUCGACGACUAGAGGGGAUGUUUACAGCUUUGGGGUGAUUUUGCUCGAGCUGCUGACGGGGAAAGAGCCGACUGGACCGGAUUUUAAGGAUGUUGAAGGGGGGAAUCUGGUGGGGUGGGUUGUAGGGAAGGUUAAGGUGGGGAAGGCGGUGGAGGUGCUCGACAGGGAGGUUUUGGAUGCGGAUUCGAAGCAGAUGAUGCUGAGGACUCUGCAGAUUGCGGUGCUUUGCCUGUCUGAGAAUCCGGCUGGCCGGCCGACGAUGCUGCAUGUGCUUAAGUUCUUGAAAGGGAUUCAGGAUGAGUUGGAAUAUGAUGCAUGA